AUGGCCCGCUACUGCCCCUCCGACUCCAUCUACGUCGGCUUAGAGGGUCAGCUGACUGGGCUCGAGCACGACGUCAGUGGCAGGGUGCGCAUCGUGAAUGACUGCACUUUUGAGGUCUCCGGCUUCACCUACGACGGCCAGGGCUCCGAUGUGUAUUGGUGGGGCGCCUUUUCGACCGCCUACAACGACAUCCGCUCGGAGGGCUUCCGCAUCGUGCCGGAGCAAGUGACCCGCAGCUACCACGGAGAGACGGUCAACUUCACGAUGUGCCACGGCCUCGAGGUCGACGAUUUCUCGGUCAUCAGCCUGUGGAGCGAGGACUGGGCAGUCGACUUUGGGCAUGCCACAUGGAGCUGA